UUGAAAAAAGUACUUUCGUAAGAACUGUGUAAGAUUUGGAGGUGUUCUUGUCAUUCGAAUCUGGAGAAAUCCUCUCUACGAAACUGGAAAACUGUUGUAUUAUAUCUACCGAAAGCCGUUUAUUUUUAUUUCUUAAACUCCAUGUUGAACGCGUAAUAAUUUUUUUCUGUGUACGCACAUCUCACACACUCUCCAUGCCCUUGAGAACUUUUCAAUUCUAUAAAUUUACUUUUUCGCUAUUUCGCUAUAAAUACCUUGUGGCCUUGAUAUUGAAUUUACUGUUAAGUAAAAAAAAAAUCACCGAUCUGUUUGCAACUAUGGCCGAUACCGCAAUCAACAGUCAACGCUUGCAGACAGACACACUGAAUAACGGUCUAAAAAAAAAAGGAGACCAACUAGCAGUGCGCACGGAGCAUGCGACCAAUUAUCUCUUCAAUGGCUUUCGCGUGCUGGGCAUCUACAUGCCGGCGCGUCGCAAAUGGCUUUACUCGCUGUAUUCGCUCAUACCGAAUUCACUGGUUACCCUCUGGUUGCCACUAUCCUUCGUUUUCAGUUAUUUUACCAUGUCCGCUGAGGAUUUGGUGCCCAGCAGCUUGCUCACCUCCAUACAAGUCGCCAUCAAUGUAAUCGGCUGUUCGGUGAAAAUUGUGGUUAUGGCUUUUCUCUUGCCAAAAUUGCGUAAGGCUAAUGCCUAUAUGGACCGCUUGGAUGCACGCUGCAAGGAUGAGGAUGAAAUAGCCGAAUUACGCAAGAUAGUGAAACAGGGUAACCGUUUCGUUGUGCUCUUCGCUAUGUCAUACUGGAGUUAUGCGUCCAGCACAUUCAUUGGCUCAGUCACCUUCGGACGUCCGCCCUAUGAUUUAUACAACCCGUUUAUUGAUUGGCGUAAGUCCAAGUUGGAGUUCGUGGCUGCGUCGCUAAUCGAAUUUGCGCUUAUGGAUGUGGCUUGCUUUCAGCAGGUCGUGGAUGACUCCUACGCGGUCAUCUAUGUGUGUAUACUGCGUACGCAUAUGAAUAUUCUAUUAAAACGUCUCGGCAAGUUGGCCACAUGUACCGAAAUGAGCUUGGAGCAGAAUUUGGAAGAGCUCAAACUGUGUAUUAGGGAUCACAAAAACCUACUCGGACUUUACAACAUUGUUGCACCGAUAAUUUCCAUUACAAUUUUCAUACAAUUCAUGAUUACGGCCAGCAUACUUAGCGCUACGCUCAUUAAUAUUUUCAUAUUCGCCAACCAAUUUUCGACCCAAGUCGCAUCUUGUUUCUAUAUAUUGGCUGUUGUCGUUGAGGUCUUUCCACUUUGCUACUACGCGCAGUGCCUUAUGGACGACAGCGAUCGUUUGUCGCAGCAGAUCUUUCACGCCAACUGGAUUGAACAGGAUGUGCGCUUUAGGAAAAUGUUGAUCUUUUUCAUGCAACGUACGCAGCGUGUGAUGGAGCUGAAUGCAGGCAAAAUAUUUCCUAUAACCUUGGGUAGCUUUCUGAGUAUCGCAAAGUUCUCAUUCUCCUUGUAUACACUGAUUGAGAAAAUGGGCAUCAGAGAGCGUUUGGGAUUGGAGUAGAAGCUGAAGUGGUUCUG